AUGUUGAAGCCUCAAGAAAAGGAAAUUGCCAAGCCCGGUUCCAUGUGCUAUAUGCCGGGGUCCGUUGUAUUGGAACAUGUUUUUCCUCCUGAACAUGAACCAGGCAUGUGGCAAUGGCUUUUUGGCAAGCGUGUGACCAGCAUAGUUUUCUCCAAUGUUGGUCCAAGUGAUGGAUUUGUUGGGAUUGCUGCACCUUCUCUAGCAAGAAUUCUCCCUAUUGAUUUAGCAGUGCUCGGUGGUGAAAUGUUGUGCCAGCCAGAUGCAUUUCUUUGCUCCAUCAGCGAUGUGAAAGUCAGUAAUGUAGUUGAUCAGAGGGUGCGUAACGUCAUUGCUACUGCAGAAAGUUUCUUGAGGCAGAAGAUUUCUGGCCGGGGGCUUGCAUUUAUUGUCGGGGGUGGUACCGUUGUACAGAAGAAUCUCGAGGUUGGUGAAGUACUUUCUGUUGACAUGUCAAGCAUUGUCGCCUUGUCAGCAACGAUCAAUGUACAAGUCAAGUAUAAUGCUCCGAUGAGAAGGGUGGUCUUUGGGCCAUCCUUACCAAAGCUAUUCGCUUUACUGGCAUCUCCUAUUGCAUCCAGAGGUGGAGGUGCCAGGCUUAUAGAGUAUGUGAUUCCUAUCUCUAUGUUCAGCUUGCAAAAUGCCACAUCCGGCAGCUGCCGUCUUAGGCUGGAUGCCACCUUCUGUCUUUUUGCUGACCAUAGAAGUACUACUACUUCAUUCCCGUUGAAUAGGGGAUUAUUUGCAGUUGCCCUGGAGGUUCCAGGAAUGCAGAAAGAUUUUUCAAGUAAUUUCAUCUUUUCAAGUCAUUCGUCUUGUCGAGUUGGUGUUUUCCCCUUUGUCAUGACAAAUUGGUGGACAGACUCUGGUGACAAUCUAAUGACAGCUGUUUUGACAGGACCGGGAAUUGUCUUUAUUCAAAGUAUGGCUUUCCAUCGCCUAUCUCAGCGCAUUGCUAGGGCAGUUGCAUCUCCAAACAUGAGGGAUAAUCCAAAGUUCCUCAUUCAAGUUGCAAUUUUCUUGUUUCUAGUUUAUGUUGUAGUUGUCUCAUCAUUUAUCUUGACAGAUAUAUAA